AUGCUGAAUGAGCCCACCUUAGAGGAACGCCCAUCAAGCGCAGACUCAAUUGACGAAGAUGUCAAGCUCUUCCUCCGGGCUCCGCGCCUCUCACGAAAAGUUCGACAUCCUCAGACUGGCCGCAUCAUCUCCUUUUCUGAGGUUGGAGACCCGCAAGGCUUUGCCGUCAUCUGCUGUGUCGGCAUGGGGCUGACAAGAUAUGUGAUGGCGUUCUAUGACGAGCUCGCCGCGUCUCUGAAACUGCGUCUCAUCACACCCGAUAGGCCUGGAGUCGGAGAGAGUGAAAGUGAUCCGUCUGGGACGCCGUUGAGCUGGCCUGACGACAUCCAAAUCAUUUGCAACUCCCUCGGCAUCACCAAGUUCUCUCUACUCGCCCACUCCGCCGGCGCCAUCUACGCCCUCGCAACCGCGCUCCGCAUGCCACAGCAUAUCCGCGGCCGAGUGCACCUCCUCGCGCCCUGGAUACCGCCAAGCCAGAUGUCAUCCAUCGGCCUGCGACCAGACGCACCGCCGGCGGGCCAGCUGCCCAAGUCGCAGCGCUUCCUACGCGCGCUGCCAACCUCCUUCCUCAAAGUCGCAAACUCAGCAUUCAUGAGCGGGACCAGCGCCGGCAUCUCCCGCAGCAAUAGCUCCACCGCAGUCCUCGCCGGCCAGCCAGCCAACAAGCGCCGCAGAAGCCUCAUGCUCGGGCGUGGGCUCUUCGAAUCUGCGUCUGCGCCUUCGUUCAGCAGUGCUACUUCCACCACCACCACCACUCAGAAACCCGCCGCUGAAGCCUCAAACCGUGAUUCCAUGCUCCAAAUGGACCGCGAGAUUCCAACUGGCUCCAGCCUCCCCAACCAACCCUCCUCCGGCACCACCACCACCACCAUCCUUUCCGAUAGCGAGCUAGCCGCCCGCCGCCGCCUCUACGACGCCCGCCUCACCCUCUCAAUCUGGGCCCUCGCCACGCACUCGGCAAACCCGGCGCACGACCUCGUCGUGUGCCUCGAGCGACACCGGCCGAUCGGGUUCCGGUACGUGGACAUCACGCGCGCGGUGGUGGUGCACCACGGAAGCCGAGACACGCGCGUGCCGCUCGAGAACGUCAAGUGGCUGGGCAGGACGAUGCCGAGGUGUGAGGUCAGGGUGCUGGAGGGCGAGGGCCAUGGGCUUAUGGCUAGUGCGGCCGUUAUGGGACGGGUGCUUGAGGAGGUGGGGAGGGAGUGGGGGGAGUGGAUGGAGGUUGUUGAGGGGAGGGGGAGGAGGGCUGGGUCGGAGGCGGUGAGGGAGUAG